AUGGAAAACGACACGCUGCGGAGUAAUUUCACGCGCGUCCUGUCGGAUCUGGACGGGACGGGCGAAGCGGGGGACUGGGAGGGGGCGCGGGGCGCGGGCACGGGCGGACUGCGCGUGCUCCUCGGCUGCGUCCUCUUCCUCCUCAUCGUGUCCACGCUGCUCGGGAACACGCUCGUGUGCGCGGCCGUCAUCAAGUUCCGCCACCUGCGCUCCAAAGUCACCAACUUCUUCGUGAUCUCGCUGGCGGUGUCGGACCUGUUCGUGGCCGUGCUGGUGAUGCCCUGGGAGGCGGUCGCCGAGGUGACCGACGCCUGGCUCUUCGGCCGCUUCUGCGACGUGUGGAUCGCCUUCGACAUCAUGUGCUCCACCGCCUCCAUCCUCAACCUGUGCAUCAUCAGCGUGGACCGCUACUGGGCCAUCGCCAGCCCCUUCAAGUACGAGCGCAAGAUGACGCACCGCGUGGCGUUCGUGAUGAUCGGCGUGGCGUGGACGCUGUCCAUCCUCAUCUCCUUCAUCCCGGUGCAGAUGAACUGGCACCGGGCCGGCGAGGAGGAGCGGGCGGCGGCGGCGGCGGGCGUGGAGGAGGAAGAGGAGGAGGAGGAGGGGAUGCUGAUGAUGGCGGUGGCGGCAAACUUCACCAACGCCAGCCUGCCGGACGCCAGGAGCUGCGUGGCGAACCUGAACCGGACCUACGCCAUCUCCUCCUCCUUCAUCAGCUUCUACAUCCCGGUGGUGAUCAUGAUCGCCACCUACACCCGCAUCUACCGCAUCGCCCAGACGCAGAUCCGCCGCAUCAUGUCUCUGGAGCGGGCGGCGGAGCAGGCGCAGGGCGGCGGCCACGGCGCCGACCGUGGCAGGCCGCAGCAGCGAGCGCCGCAGCAGCGAGCGCCACCGCAGCGCGCCGGCGACGAGGCGUCCCUCAAGUCCUCCUUCAAGAAGGAGACCAAGGUGCUGAAGACGCUGUCCAUCAUCAUGGGCGUCUUCGUCUUCUGCUGGCUGCCCUUCUUCGUCCUGAACUGCACCGUGCCGUUCUGCGACCCGCCGUGCGUCAGCGACACCACCUUCACCGUCUUCGUGUGGUUCGGCUGGGCCAACUCCUCGCUCAACCCCGUCAUCUACGCCUUCAACGCCGACUUCCGCCGGGCCUUCGCCACCAUCCUGGGCUGCAACCGCAUCUGCUCCAGCAACGCGGUGGAGGCGGUCAACUUCAGCAACGAGCUGGUGUCGUACCACCACGACACCACGCUCCACAAGGAGGCGCUGGUCCCGGCGGCGCCGCCGCAGCACCCCCGGGCCGUCGACCUGGGCUCCGACCAGCUGGAGGACCUCGGCGCGCGGUUUGACGAGGAGUCCGGCGUCUCCGGCGCCUCGCCGGACCCGAGCAGGCUCCUGCUGCUGCCGGCCGCCGUCCAGCUGGAGGACGACCCCGAGAUCUCUCUGGAGACCAUCACGCCGGGCGGACUGGAGAGAGACGCCCUGAUUCCAGGACAGGUCCUCCGGGACGGGUCGGACUGA